AUGCCGUCUGAACUCGCCGGUCAGUUCUCGGAGGAACAGUUGGCUACAGCAAGAGCGGUGAUGGCCGCGUUGUCGGCCUUGAAGCCAGCAAGAAAGGCAAACACAGAACCUGUACCCAGGACAGUCGUACACCAGACUGCAGAAACACCAGUCGGCGAAAAACGGAAGAGAUUGCCGAUAAGAAACCUAUUCGGAGAACAGAUCCUAGUGCAACAAGAACAGCACCCAAAUACAAACCAGGCGAUUGCUCUGCGCAGUCGGCCGGAACCCAUGGUCAUCGAAGAGACAAGAGAAGCACCCCAGAGAUACGCGUCGCGCCGUUACACCAUCCAACCUGCAAACUCCCCCCUGUGCGCGGACAUUCUGGAGGAACCAAUGGAGAAAUUGAAGUUCCCACUCUGCAAGUACGACGGAUCCACAGAUCCGGAGGUCCACUGCAACACAUUUGAGCAACAUAUGAUGUUGUAUACAGAUUCCGACGCCAUGUGGUGCAAGAUAUUUCCCUCAACGCUGCUGGGAGUGGCAUCCGGCUGGUAUAAGGGACUACCAAAGGGGUCGGUAUAUAAUUACCGACAGUUAGAAACAGAGUUCAUGCUACGGUUCAUCAGCCGGCAGCAGAGAAAGAAAACGUCGGGAGAGCUGAUGGCAGUCACCCAGAGAAGCGGAGAAUCCUUAAGAGAUUACCUCACCAGAUUCAACAACGAGUCCACCAGCAUACCAAACUUGCAGCAAGAGAUAGCUGUGGUGGCCCUGAUGAGAGGAAUGAACCACUGCGAGUUCAAAAAAUACUUGGGAAGAAAAUCCUUCACCGAUUUGGGAAGCGCACUGAUAAAGGCCCACGAAUACAUCAAAAGCGACGAGCUGAUGACAAUCCCAAAUCACUAUCAGUCGGCACAGACCAGAAAUGCCGCACCAAGGCCGGUUCAGCCGGCGCAGCAGAAUCAGAACAGGGGGUUCAGAAAGGAUGAACAGAGGAAAGACCCAAGAGGGAGGGAUUACCAGAAACAAUCAACCAGCAUAUACCCCACAUUCCACGAAUACACUCCAUUGAACGCCCCAAGAGCCGCAAUUUACAAUGUCAACAAGAACGAAAACUGGAAGAGGCCUCCACCAAUGAGCGACAAACCCCGACCACAGUCGAAGUACUGUGCAUUCCAUGAUGACUGUGGACACUAUACGGAAAACUGCAGAGAUUUGAAGGAUAACAUCGAGGAUAUGAUCAGGAGAGGCUAUCUGACACAAUAUAAAGCCCGACAGAACAACAACAACCAACAGAAUAGCAAUUGGCAAAGCAAUAACACAAACAACAGAUUACCAUCCACCCAAACACCGCUCCGAAUAGAGCAGAAAGCACCAGAAACCAGUCGGAAUGGGGAGGUUAGAAACAGUGGCCAGAAGGGGCCGACAGUAUGGGUCAUAUCUGGAGGACCGUGCCAUGGGGGAACAAUCAGUGGAGCCGGCAGAAGUCUGGGCGAACACCGCCACCUGGUAAACUACCACAGCACCAUAAAAUGGCCGGCAACCCAAGUCAUGCCAAAUAUUUCAUUCACCCCAGACGACUGUCGCGGAAUUAUAUACCCUCACGACGAUCCACUGGUUUUGGGCCUCGAAAUAGCAAACUUCCCAGUGAAACGAAUACUGGUGGAUGGAGGGAGUUCAGCGAACAUUAUCUUUUGGGAAGCCUUCGUUCAGCUGAAAAUAGACGAGAAAGAACUCACACGAGUCAACUAUCCUGUGAUAGGAUUCUCCGGAGCCACAGUCUUCCCGGAAGGUAGCAUCAGGCUACCAGUGCAGAUUGGAGAAGGUAGAGCCGCAAGGGACCUAAUGGUAGACUUCUUAGUAAUCAAAGUGCCUGCUGCAUACAACGUAAUAGUGGGCCGGCCAUUCAUCCACGAUGCACAAGCAGUGGUAUCAACAUACCAUCUAACUAUGAUAUACAUGUCUAACUUUGAGAAGGCUGAAAGAAUCCGAGGCAGUCAAGAUUCAGCAAGAGCAUGCUACUUAACGGCAUUAAAAACACCAGGCCGACUGACCCCAUCCAGGAAUAUAGCGAGAGAGGCAGCAGCGAAAAGACCGGCAAAGGGUCAAGCCCCAAGAUUGGGGGGCGAGUCAUCUCUUUUGCCCAAGAAGGUGAAAAGGCAGAAAAUGGAGUCACCCACAAUCGAAAGCAUCGAAAAGGGGACUUCUCUACCUAGGGUAGAGGCCGGAGGAAGGUCAGAAGAAGUCGAGCUGAUAGAAGGAGAAACUGGCAGAACAGUAAAAUUAGGAACCGACAUUGACCCCCAGUUGCGGGUAAACAUGAUCGGUCUGUUGAGAGAACAUGCGGAUGUGUUCGCAUUUUCCGCAGACGAAAUGCCCGGUAUAAGCUCGGAGGUAAUCGAGCACCGACUGAAUGUCGACAGAGCAGUCAGGCCGGUAAAGCAAAAGAAAAGAAACUUCUCAACAGAAAAAAAUCAAGCAAUACAGGAAGAGGUAGAAAAGUUGUUGGCAGCAGGAUUUAUUGAACCAUGCGACUACCCGGAGUGGUUGGCCAACGUCGUAAUGGUUAAGAAGUCAAACGGCUCGUGGAGAAUGUGCGUAGAUUUCACAAACCUUAAUAGAGCAUGCCCAAAAGACUGCUACCCACUGCCAAGAAUCGAUAGGCUAGUCGACUCCACAUCUGGCCACGCGCUGCUCAGCUUCCUUGACGCAUUCUCCGGGUACCACCAAGUCAGCCUCGCAAAGGCCGACAGGAAAAAGGCAGCAUUCAUCACUGAGGGGGGAGUAUUCUGUUACAAGGCUAUGCCGUUUGGGUUAAAGAACGCUGGGGCAACGUACCAAAAACUGGUCGACAGAGUGUUCGCAAACCAAAAAGGCCGCAACAUUGAAGUAUACGUCGACGACUCCAUAGUGAAAAGCAAAUUGGAGACCGAUCAUUUAGAUGACCUCAGGGAAACGUUUGAAACUCUGCGCCGUUACCAAAUGAAACUAAACCCCAAGAAAUGUGUGUUCGGAGUGAAAUCGGGGAAAUUCUUGGGUUUCCUUGUCAGCGAGAGAGGCAUAGACGCAAACCCAGAUAAGGUAGAAGCGAUACUCAGUCUGCCUCAACCAAAAAGCAUCAAAGAUGUACAAAGGCUGACAGGAAGAAUGGCGGCUCUGACAAGAUUUGUUAGCAAAUCAGCCGACAGGUCGAUUCCAUUUUUUAACACUCUUAAGCAGAACGGAAAAUUCCGGUGGGGGGAAACCGAGGAAAGGGCCUUCGAGAAGGUAAAAGAACAUCUUCGUGCUUUACCGACGAUAGCCAGGCCGGAAGAGGGCGACAAGCUACAAUUAUAUGUGUCCGCUUCAGCCCAAACCGUUGCUGCCGUACUAAUCAGUGAAAAAGACAAAGUCCAGCAGCCGAUAUACUUUGUCAGCCACAUUUUGAAUCCGGCAGAAGCAAGAUACUCGCUGAUAGAGAAAGUGGCCUAUGCAGUCCUGAUAGCCGCCAGAAAGCUCAGACCAUAUUUUGACGCACAUACCAUACAAAUUCUGACGAACUUUCCACUAGAGAAGGCUUUGCAAAAAAUGGAUACAGCCGGCAGGCUGUUGCGAUGGGCAAUAGAGCUGUCGGAGUACGAUCUUGAGUUUCACCCGCGCAAUGCAAUAAAAGCACAAGCUUUGGCUGACUUCGUAGUUGAAGCAUCCUAUCAAGAAGAGGAAACCAAAGCAGAAUCCUGGAAAGUAUCAGUAGACGGUUCAGCCGCUCAGUCGGGAGCGGGAGCCGGCGUUGUCAUGAUCUCUCCGACAGGAGAUAAGUUCGAAUACGCAAUCAGAUUCACUUUCGCAGCUUCGAACAACGAAGCAGAAUAUGAAGCAGCCAUUGCAGGGGUACAGCUAUGCUUGUUGGCAGAUGCCAAGAGGAUAGUAAUGACAACGGAUUCUCAGUUGGUGGCAAAUCAGUUUUCGGGAGAGUAUGAAACAAAAGAGCCGUCAAUGCGGCGGUAUCAAGAAAAACUGAAGACGCUGACAACGAAAUUAGAAGCUUUUGACAUCGAAUUGGUCCCCAGAGCGUUGAACACUGCCGCAGACAGCCUAGCGAAACUGGCCAGUUCGAAAACAAUCGAGCUCAGUCGAUCAGUAAUGAUAGAAAUCAUGCACAGAAGGAGUACAGAGGAAAAAGGAAAGGAAAUAAUGGUCAUCACGGCAAACAAAGAGUGGUACGAUGAUAUCUGGGCGUACAAGACGACUGGAGUUCUCCCGGCCGAUAUCAGGGAGGCAAAGAAAAUCAAAAAAGACAUCUGCUGGUAUGUUAUAUAUCAGGGGCAAAUCUAUAAAAGAGCCUUCAGCCUCCCCCUGCUGCGGUGUUUGACGGCAUACGAAUCCGCAAGGUUAAUCGAAGAAAUGCAUGAAGGAAUAUGCGGAAACCAUGUAGGAGGAAAAACACUUGCUUUGAUCUGCCAAAGACAAGGUUACUACUGGCCAACCAUGCUGGAGGACGCACAGAGCUACGUCAAGAAAUGCGAAAAAUGCCAGCUAUUUGCCCCAGUAAUACGUAUGCCAGCAAACGACUUGAUGCCCAUUUUGAAUCCAAUCCCAUUCGCCCAGUGGGGAAUGGAUAUCGUGGGACCCUUCACAACAGCCUCAGGAGGCAGGAAGUUCUUGAUUGUUGCCGUCGAUUACUUCACAAAAUGGAUUGAGGCCGAGCCGGUAGCAAAAAUAACAGCCAACCAGGUACGAAAGUUCAUCUGGAAAAACAUCAUAACAAGAUUUGGAAUACCGACAGCAAUAGUAUUCGACCACGGAUGCCAGUUCGACUGCGAACCUAUACGAGCAUUCUUGGCAGACUACCGGAUCAAAUUCGCAUAUGCCUCAGUCGUCCACCCGCAGAGCAACGGGCAAGCCGAGGCCGCAAACAAACAAAUACUCGUAGCCCUUAAGAAAAAGUUGGAUGAGUUCAAGGGCAAGUGGGCAGACACAGUCCCAGAGGUUCUAUGGGGUAACAGAACGACGGUUAAAGAAGCAACAGGAGAGAGUCCUUUCAAACUGUGUUUCGGAUCAGAAGCAGUCAUACCGGCUGAAGUAGCACUACCCACCUUUCGCAUCCAGCAUUAUGAAGAACAGGGAAACGACAGCUUACUCAGACACCAGCUUGAUUUCCUACCAGAGGUCAGACUGCAGGCGGAAAUUAGGUCGGCCGCAUACAAAAACAGAAUGAGCAGGGCCUACAACAAGCGAGUAAAACAUAGGAAGCUGGAGGUAGGCGACCUUGUACUCCGCCGGACGGCAGCAACCGGCAAAGCUCAAAAACAAGGAAAACUGACUGCAAAUUGGGAAGGGCCCUACCAGAUAUGGGAAGAAGUGGUAGCUGGAUCAUACAGACUAAUGGAGAUGAAUGGAACACCGCUGAAGAACUCAUGGAACGCAGAUACUUUAAGAAAAUUCCAUGUGUAA